UAGGGUAAUUCAUGCUGGAACCUGGCGCGCAACCGACCGUCCGAUUGCAAUGGCGGCUGAGUCAACUGGAGCUGAUGGAGCUGCGUACGCAACUGGAUUAUCUCCUGGAGAAAAAAAAUGAUCUGCCCUUCCACAUCACCCUCACCGCGUCGAUUCUCUUCACCCCAAAAAAGGACAAAGGCAUACGGACGUGUACCGAUUAUCGAGCGCUCAACAACAUUACCAUUAAGUCCCGUUACCCGAUUCCGCGAGCCAAAGAUCUCAUCGACCAACUUCGUGGGGCUAGGAUUUUUUCCAAGAUUGAUCUACGAGGAGGUUACCACUAGAUCCGUUUCGAACCCGUUAA